UGGGCAAAAGCCUCGAUCCUGUGUAUCAAUCCGUGAAUCCGUGAAACCGUGAACUGAAUGUCAUUGGUUUGAAGGCAAUUUCAGGUCGUUGGGUUUCGUUUGUGGAUUGGUGAGUUUUUGUAUAUAAGUAUGAUAUUUCGCUCACUUAGGUUUUACAGGCUAAUACCGACGAAGUAUUGCUGUUUAAGGAUGAGUUGUGUGACGCCUGCAGAAUAUACGCAUGUCAUUAAAGUGGAAGAAGUUAUACAGUUUUGUAUGCGAUGCUUGGAAAAAGUCGGGGUGAAUAAGGACCACAGUCGGGAACUGGCAGAUGUUCUUGUGGCUGGAGAUCAUCGUGGGCAUUACAGUCAUGGUAUAAAUAGACUUGGUAAGGUAAUUACACAGCAAAUCUACGUUAACAACAAGAAAUGUACGUUUUGGAUGUGGAAAAGAGCGUUUGUGAGAAAGCAGGAGAGCCAGUUAUCGAGAAAGAAACAGUGUCAACUGCCUUAGUGAAUGGCCGAAAUCUCCUGGGUCCCGUCGUUGGAAAUUUUUGUAUGAAACUUGCAAUUGAAAAAGCCAAAAAAACUGGUAUUGCUUGGGUCACCGCAUACGGUGAGUAUUCAUCCUAUUAAACAUGAAUUUACUUAUCCUUUUGAAGGCUCCAACCAUUUUGGCAUUGCUGGGUGGUAUAGCUUGAUGGCUUCAAAUGCUGGCCUGCUUGUGAGUUAUUCGUAUGUGGCUAAUGCUUCCUAUCUAGGGAAUGGCAUUCACGAACACUUCUCCCUUGGUUUACCCAACAAGGUCAAAACAGCGUGCAAUGGGCACCAACCCGAUAACCCUGGCCGCUCCGUCGUCCAAAGCCGGUGAUGAGUUCGUACUCGAUAUGGCCACAAGCGCGGUGGCCUUGGGAAAGAUUGAAAUGUGUCGCCGCCGAGGAGUCCCGAUUCCGCAUGGUUGGGGAGCCGACAAAAAUGGAAAGUCCACCACAGAUCCUGCAGAGGCAUCAGGCGAGGGUGCACUGUUCCCACUUGGAGGUGAAGAAGAGAACAGUGGAUACAAAGGAUUCGGACUUGGGAUGAUGGUGGAAAUCUUCUGCGGUAUCAUGGCUGGUGGGGCCUAUGGGGCCAACGUUCGGCGUUGGAUGACUACUGACCGACCGGCAAACCUGGGCCAAUCAUUUGUUGCCAUUGAUCCGAAUGCGUUUGCCAGUGGAUUCGGUGAGAGAUUGUCCGAUUACAUGAACAGCAUGCGCAAUCUUGCCAGAGUGGAUAAAAACGUACCUGUUGUGAUACCUGGUGAUCCCGAACGAGCACACAUUGAAGAGUGUAAAAAGAUCGGGGGCAUUCGCUACCCGCCUGUACUCAUCGAUAGCAUGCCAUUGAUGUGGCCCGUCUCGGGGGCCCCAUCCAGGAAGACGGCAGUGACCAGCGCAGCUGAGUUUGCUGGUAAUGGCUUUUAUGCUUCGCUGCCAAGUCAUUGUUUGACCGCCUCUGGCUCUCUUCCAACCUUCACAUGGUUGGGCGAAGUGAGCACUUCGAGGAAGUCGGUCAACUGGCAUACGCAGCACGUGGCCAAGCCAGCGCAACCUGUGCAGUGUGAUCAGUUCGUCUAUCGAGGUAUUGCUCGUCCGGUGUUCCCACCAGAUCCGGGCGAUGCUCAAAUACAGGAUAUGUUGAAUUUGAUCUCAUAA